AUGAUUAGACCCGAAGACAGGUUUUACUCAGGGGGCCAGGGCUAUUUUGGCCCACGGGAAAGACCCACAACCGAAACCCACUGCAACGUCUGGGAUUGGGAUCAGCUACGAAUGAUCAAAGUCAAAGGAACUGCUAAGCUCUUCCCACCUGAUGAAGACGUUGAGAACCCAGUUCUUGCGCAAUUCGCCGAUUACCUUUCGCCGGAAGUUAGUGCAAUCACAGUCGACGAUGACGGGCUUCUUACUGGAGUCUCGACAGAUCCGGAAGAGGAUGCUACAGUCUUUAUUGGAUAUAUUCCCUUCUCGCUCUGUCCGUCACUCGCAGAUUGCUCUACAGUCUACUUCUCUCAACUUCAAGAGCUCGAUCGGCUUGGACCAGGCGUCGAUCUCUCAUCGUACGAUGGUCAGAAGGUCGCAUUCAAAUUCAAUCCCUUGGGCAUGCCUCGAAGACUAGAAAUGUCGUGGAAGGAGAUCCACCUGGUCAGCAAACUGCCACCACAUCCCAAUAUAGUACCGUUCGAUCGCGUCGUUCUCGAAGACGUUGAGUCUCGAGUGAUUGGAUUCGCAACAAAGUACAUCCCAGGUGGAUCGCUAGCAAAUGCCGACCCGAAAAGGCCUUUCCGAUUUGAAUGGCUAGAACAACUUACCCAAGUGGUGGAUUUCCUGAACCUAGAAUUAGGGAUCAUGCAUCAAGAUAUUGCGCCUCGAAAUUUGCUUGUCGACCCCGAAACAGACAAGCUUCUUCUCUUCGAUUUUGAUUGGGCCGCCAAUAGAGAGGAUUACAUACUAGAUGGUCGAGACGAUGUGUCUAGUGUUGUGUUCACACUUUACGAAAUCAUCACAAACGACACACAUUUUACGAGCAUUCCUUACUGGGAUCGAAACAUAGAUAUGGUGCAGACUAUUGAAUGGACUUGUCACCGCCAACUAGACUCCGACGUGUCAAAGUUCCGCAAGUUUCUGAAUGAAUGGGUAGCAACGAGAACCGACCGAGCCAUGGAACGAUAUCUCAAUGCACCUAAGCGGCUUACUUGGCCGAGUCUCCCAACCCCUCCAGACUAUAGCGUGCCCUUUGAGAUGGGUUGGACAAAGGAAGGGGAAGUUAUUUGGCAGACGGGUGGGCGUUCGAGACAGGUUGCACUGGAAAAGGGACAAUAUUGUUUUCAAUGGCAAAGGCCACCACAAAGUAGGCUGUUGAAGAAGGCCAAAGAUUGCAUGUAG